AUGAUCUGGAGCCCAACAGCCUCGCAGUUAUUCCUGGGAUGGGAAUUCCUGAGCAGUUGAAGAUAGCCAUGGAGCAGGAGCAGAUGGGGAAAGACGAGUCCAAUGACAUUGAAAUGACGAUCCCAGGGCUGGACUGGGGAAUGGAGGAGGUGAUGCAAAAGGACCAAAAGAAGGUGCCACAGAAAAAAGUGCCCUAUGCAAAACCAAUCCCAGCACAAUUUCAGCAGGCAUGGAUGCAGAACAAAGUUCCUUUGCCUCCCCCACCUGAGCCACUGAAUGACAGAAAGGAAGAUAUUAAGCUGGAGGAGAAAAAGAAGACGCAGGCGGAGAUUGAGCAGGAAAUGGCAGCACUUCAGUACACGAACCCCCAACUCUUGGAGCAAUUGAAGAUCGAGAGACUCGCACAAAAGCAAGCUGAGCAAGUGCAGCCACCACCCCCGGGAGGCUCCCUUCAUGGACCCCAACCUUUUCCAGGGCAAGGCCCGAUGUCACAGAUGCCUCAAGGAUUUCAGCAGCCCCUUCCACCUCAGCAGAUGCCAAUGAAUAUGCCUCAGAUGGGACCUCCCGGUCCACAAGGACAGUUCAGACCUUCGGGACCUCAAGGUCCUCCGUUACACCAAGGAGCUGCGGGUCCACAAGGGUUCAUGGGACCACAAGGACCUCCAGGCCCCCAGGGACCCCCGCAAGGAAUGCCACGGCCUCAGGAUUUACAUGGACAUCAAGGAAUGCAGAGACAUCCUGGUCCUCACGGGCCAAUGGGGCCUCCGGGUCCACAGGGUAGUGGUGGCCCGCAAGGCCACUUAGGACCACAGGGUCUGCCUGGGUCUCAGACUCAUUUAGGACCGCAGGGUCCACCUGGCUCCCAAGGUCACCUGGGCCCUCAAGGUCCUCCUGGUGGUCAAGGAAUGCAGGGGCCACCUGGUCCGCGAGGAAUGCAAGGACCUCUUCCUCAUGGCAUGCAAGGAGCUCCAGGAUCUCAAGGGAUGCAGGGCCCUAUAUCUCAAGGGCCUUUGAUGGGACUUAAUCCAAGAGGGAUGCAGGGUCCACCAGGACCCAGAGAUAACCAGGGACCUGCUCCGCAAGGGAUGAUGAUGGGUCAUCCGCAAGAAAUGAGAGGUCCUCAUAUGCAAAGUGGUUUACUAGGACACGGUCCCCAGGAGAUGAGGGGCCUCCAGGGACCCCCGCCUCAAGGUACAAUGUUAGGACCACCACAAGAAUUGCGUGGGCCGCCGGGUCCACAAGGCCAGCAGGGACCUCCGCAAGGCUCUUUGGUAGGGCCCCAAGGAAACAUGCAAGGACCUCAGGGACAACCGAACCCUUCAAGGGGGCCGCACCCUUCCCAGGGCCCUCUGCCUUUCCAGCAGCAGAAAACGCCUCUGUUGGGUGAUGGGCCUCGUCCCCCGUUCAAUCAGGAUGGACAGAACCCGGGUCCACCGCCACUGAUCCCAGGCCUGGGGCAGCAGGGAGGACAAGGCCGUCUUGGCCCUCACAACCAAGGACCUGGUCUUAAUAAAGGUGACUCCCGUGGUCCACCAAACCAUCACAUGGGCCCUCUCUCAGAUAGAAGGCACGACCAGAACAGUGGUGGUCCUGAGCACGGGCCCGAGAGAGGGUUGUUUCGAGGUGGCCAGGAGUGGGGUGAUGGUAGAGACAGCAGGGGCAUGCCAGAUAGACGAGGACCUCACCCAGAUUUCCAUGAUGACUUUGAUCGACCAGAUGACUUCCGUGACGACUUCCAUCCAGAUAAGAGAUUUGGCCAUCGGUUGCGGGAAUUUGAGGGGAGAGGAGGCCCACCGCUGCAAGAUGAGAAAUGGAGACGAGGUGGACCUGGGCCUCCCUUUCCUCCCGAUCACAGGGAAUUUGAAGGAGGGGGUUCAAACCGUGGGCCUCCUGGUGCUUGGGAAGGACGGAGACCUUCGGAUGAUCGAUAUCCACGGGAUCCUGAGGAUGCACGGUUCCGAGGAAGACGGGAUGAGAGCUUCAGAAGAGGAGGACCCUCGAGACAUGAGGGCAGGGGACCCAGGGGCAGAGAUGGCUUUCCUGGCCCUGAAGAUUUUGGGCCAGAUGACGCUUUUGACUCUCCAGACGAAAACUCCAGAGGAAGGGACCAUGGCGUUCGGGGGAGAGGUCGUGGUGCUCUUAGAGGAGGCCGGAAGGGUUUGCUUCCUACUCCAGAUGAGCUUCCAUGCUUUGAAGGGAGGCGGAAACCAGAAUCCUGGGAUGGAAACAGAGAACCAGGGCCCCGUGCGGAUCACCCUCACGACAGGCACUCCCCGGCCAGCAGAGAACGCUCUGCUUCGCUGCAGGGCAUGGACAUGGCCUCGCUGCCGCCGCGGAAACGUCCCUGGCACGACGGACCUGGCCCCUCUGAUCACAGAGAAAUGGAUGCUCCGGGUGCAGCCCCAGAGGAGAGGGGCAAAGGACGAGGCAAUUCGGGACCUUCGCAGAGAGCGCCGAAAUCUGGGAGGUCCAGUUCUUUAGAUGGAGACCAUCACGAUGGAUUCCACAGGGAUGAAGCUUUUGGUGGAGGCCCUGCAGGAGGCAACAACCCUUCUCGAGGAGGAAGGAGUGGGAGUAACUGGGGAAGAGGAAACAACAUGAACUCUGGUCAGUCAAGAAGAGCAGCGUCCAGAGGCGGUGGGAGAGGCCGAUAGAAGAGGCUUUGACUGGGUGACACCCAGUCCUUGCUGGACAAUAUUUAAAUAGACUGCUAUGCUGGACUC